CUCCGUUAUAUUUUGGAAACAUGGCGACGUAGCAACAGGUGGUAUCGACUUCUACUGUAAACUUCGUCCGAAGAAUCGCCGGACAAUGCACUUGACAUUUCCCAAACGCAAGGGAUACUACACAUGGGAGGAGUUACGAUGCCUGGCCAGGGCCCUGGGUUACCAGGUGGACGUUUUCGAGCGGGUCAUACCGGACUUUGCCGAGGGCGAGCCCGGCGUGAGUUUCCGACAGGUGUGCCGGUUGAUGGAGUUGAACUUCUUCAACGAGGCGUUCCACCUGACGUACAAUUUACACACGGCGCACUACAACUGCCAGCUCAUCAAGAAAUGUCUCGUCCUCCUGGACCAUCGCUUCCUCAAUUUUCAGGAGAUCCACGAAAUACGGGUGGCUUACGUGGCCUACGAGCAUCACGAUAUGCACGGAAUGAUAAUAAACGAGAAGUCGUUGUUGCGCACCCUCAAGAUGUGCGACCGCACGGUGGCACCUCUAAAACUGAUGCACAGAGUUAAACACCUGAAGGAAAACUACGAGGCCAAGGGACGCAUUCAGAUUUACGAGUUCAUGGAUCUCCUCAUCCUGUGCAAGAUGUGGGACGACGUCAACAUUAGGGACACUCGCGUUAAGGGGCCGGACAAAAACUGGAGAAAACUGUACCAGAUGGAUAAAGUCAAAGAAGUCUUCCAUACGUACGACGAGAAGGUUUUCGAGCUCCUGAACAAGGAGUUUGAGGAAACGGAGCUGAACUACGGAGACGUGAGUUUCGGUGACAGAAAACAGUUCCGAGAAAAUCCCGUCGACAAAGACAAAAACACAGAACAGUUCAAGACUCAUAGCACCACGUAUAAGCGGCUUCAAAAAAUUAUAGAUAGCACCACUCAGCAAGUGAUAUCAGCACGGGCGCACGGGGUAGCGAACAAGAAUAGGCCGGCGUCUGCUUCGCUUUUAGAAGACAAUUUGGACUCGUCUCCCGAAAGAUCCGUAUCUCCUCCAGGUUUAGGAAGAAGAGCAUCGGACAACAAAAGUUUUGAAAGAGGAAGCAAAAAUAAUCAGCACUACGAUAGAUCCAAGCGCAUGUCGGUAGUCUCUGCGCGAAGCAGCGUGUCGCACGUGUCGGGGUCGCGCGGCCACUUGGCCAGGUCCCUUGGCAGGAAGAGCCGAGCCACCACCGCCACGUCGCGGCGGCAGUCGUCGGUAGGAAAGAUCACGGAGUCGGACUGGACGCUGAUCGUGCCCGUGCCGAAGUUAAAGACUCCCGACUACAAGAGACCAAAAACUGGCAGGCUGGUAACGGAGGACGACUUGGAGAGGCAAAAUGACGAGUUGAAAAAGUUGCAGUAUAAUCUAGAAACAUUAGAAGUGAAGACGAAGGUCCAUCUCGACGAGGACAUCGACAUCGCGCUAGGGAAGGGUUUCCGGAUACGGUCGGCGAAACGGAAGGCCGAAGCCGAGAGGAAUCGUCCACCGGACCCCAAGCCUCGGCCCCCACCCCGGUCUCCCGUUCCGUCCCCGGAAUCCCUCCGUAGACUCUCCAGCCCCCGACCCACCACUCCGAAAGGACAUUCCAACCUGUGCGACGCGGUCAAGUUGGGAAUCGCUCCCACCGCAGACGAUUCGCGCAGUGAAAAAUCAGGCAAGAGAGGACACAAGAAGAAGAAGAAGAAAAAGUCGAGCAAAAAGAAAGCCAAGGGACACCAGUUUUCGUUUUCGAUGGGUGGCAGAUCGCGUAUGAUGAGCGCUUGGGACGACGAUGAGACAAGUACUGAUACAGAAGGCGGCUCUACGUUUUCGAGCAUGACAGACGAUAGAAUUCCAAUUCAAGGAGACAAACCCUCCAUCCUUAAAGACAUUCUCUAUGGAGUCGAAGACGACGAAAUAGAUGAAGAUGACAUCCAAGAGCAAUAUUCAAACGUCAGUGUACCAUCGACGCCGGGCACGCCAUCUGACUCUGCAGGACGCGACAGAAUCGUCGUGACUCCACCAGAGUUCCCGCCAAAACCGCCUCCCCAACCCCCAACUUCUACUUCAUCUGGGGUUAGAAACAAACCGCGUGAAAAGAAGGCCCACGAGCCCAAACGGAAGGCUGAACCUCCCGGUACUAAAGGUCUCGGUCAAAGACAGCUCUCCACCAUCCUCGAGUCGGAGCUACAGAGGGAAGAAGACGAAUUCGAAGUUGGCUCCGAGGACGGGGAUGCCGAGCAGAAAGCGUGGAGAGAAUGGAUGAAGUACGGGCAAGCAGAGGACUAUAUAGAGGAGGAGGAGGAGGAAGAACAACGCCCAGAUGAUGAAAAGAAGGGUAGCACUAGUAGAAGAAGCAGCAGGGUUCGGUCAGUUUCGGUCGUCACAGAAGAACAGGACGACGAAGACGACUCGGACUUCUGGAAGGACAUCACCAGCGAGACCGUCGCUCAGGCGGUGGUGAAAAACAUCAAGAUGGAGGAGGCGGCUGUUGAGCAGAAGUUUUCUCCCAGUCUGACGCGGCUGGAGAAGCUGCAGAUGGAGUACCACGCGAGGACAAGACCAGCCAAGCCCACCAUAGUACAGGCGCGGCGGUUGGUGGGCAGGGUGAGAGAAGAGGCGUCCAAAGGGCUGAAGAAGGCUCUACUGCGCCCUCUGUCGUAAAACGGAUAGUACUGUUCAACCAUAUUAUGAUAGUAAGGUGGGUGCACAUGUGCGUAUGUCUUUAAGUCCGUAUGAGGUCCUUAUGGAAGUUUUAGCCUCUACCAGGCUCCACAGGUCGUUGGCACAUAUAAGCAGAUAACAUGCCAGGAAAGUAAGCUAGUCGCAAAUCAUACUCCUCGGCUAGAUAACUCGUUUGUCAUGUUAUCUGUCUAUAUUUGUCCAAUUUCUACUAUUUUUCCAUUGACCUGUGGAGCCUGGUAGAAGUUAAAACUUCCAUACGGACCUCAAACGCACUUGAAAAUAUACGCACGUGUGGACCCACUUGUACCAAGGUCGCCAGUG